AUUAAAAUUGGCAAUCAAAAAUAAUAUGAAAUAUUCAAAAGAAGUAAGCACAAACGCAAUUAUUUUGCCAAAGUUAAUGAAAUGUCUUCCCACAAAUAACAUUGGUAUAAAUAAGUCGGAUUGGAAAGGAUUCUAUUUAGCGGAUCCCAAUUUCGAUAAACCUGGUCGAAUUGACCUGGUUAUUGGUGCGGAUUUAUAUCCCCAAAUUUUACUGCCAGAGAUAACCAAAAAGGGUAUGCUUCUUGGGCAAAAAACUAUCUUUGGAUGGACAGUGUCAGGUUGCACGAAAUCCAGGGGUAGUAAGUUAAUUGUUGCAACCAGUAUCGAGCUCAAACAAAUGGACCGAUAUUGGGAGGUAGAAGAAGAGGACAGCAAUGACUUAGAAACUGAAAUAUGUGAAACGAAUUUUAAAAAAUUUACUAAAAAAGAUCCGAAUGGAAAAUAUAUUGUUGCUAUACCUUUUAAAGAAGAUACAACAUUAGGAGAUUCGAAGAAUCAAGCAAUGGCUCGUUUCAUGAACUUGGAAAAGAAAUUACAAAAAAAUGAAAAACUUCGAAUUGAAUAUUCAAAAUUUAUGAAAGAAUAUUUGGACUUAGGACAUAUGGUAGAAGUAAAUGAUGAAGGAAAAUAUUACCUUCCUCAUCAAGCUGUUAUCAGAGAAUCCAGUCUCACAACAAAAUUAAGAGUAGUUUUUGAUGCUUCAGCCAAAACUAGCAAUAAAAAAAGCCUAAAUGAUAUUAUGUGGGUUGGACCAAGAGUUCAAAAAGACAUUUUUGAUAUAAUUGUAAAUUGGCGUAAGUGGGAAUACGUGGUAUCAUCGGACAUUGAGAAAAUGUACCGACAAAUUAAAAUAAAUCAUAAAGAUCAGAAAUUUCAAUAUAUAUUGUGGAGGGAUGACCCUAAAACAACAGUUAAAACCUACAAAUUAAUUACGGUUACUUAUGGUACCGCUUCUGCCCCAUAUUUAGCAACUAGAGUAUUAGCAGAUGUGGGUGAAAAUUGUGAAAACAAAAUGAUUGGGGAAAUAAUAAAAAAUGAUUUUUAUAUGGACGACCUCAUGACAGGAGCGAAUUCAAUAGAAGAUGCCACAACCAUAGUUGAAUUAAUCUCAAAAGAACUAGCGAACUCUGGGUUCAAUUUGAGAAAGUGGGUUUCAAAUAACGCAAAAAUACUAUAGAUAUAAUAGAAAUGGUAGAAAAUUCAGGAGAUAAUAAAAUAGUUAGCAUCAGAGAAGAUGAAUUUGUAAAAACCUUAGGGCUACAAUGGGACCCUAGUAAGGACGAGUUUAAAUUUACAGUAUGUUGUUCUGAACCUAAAAUGUUAACUAAAAGAUUCGUCUUGUCCACACUAUCAAAAAUAUUUGAUCCAUUAGGCUGGUUGGCACCGGUAACGAUUGUGGGAAAAAUCUUUAUACAAAAAUUGUGGACAGCAGGAAUCAAUUGGGAUCAAGAGCUAGUAAAUGAAGAUCGUAAGGAAUGGGAAGAAUACAAAUCAGGGUUAGAGGCGUUGGGACAAAUAAGAGUCCCUAGAUGGAUUAAUUUUAAAUCAGAAUUAUGUAUUCAAAUUCAUGGUUUUGCAGACGCUUCAGAAAAAGCUUAUGCGGCAGUAGUAUAUGCCAAGGUGGGAUCGGAAGUAAUCAUAAUCGCUAGCAAAAGUAAGGUGAAUCCGAUCAAAAAUAGAAAAACUAUCCCAAAAUUAGAAUUAUGCGCUGCACAUUUGCUCAGUAAGUUAAUGAUGCGCAUAAUGGAAGCCAUGAAAAAUUACAAAGUAGAGCUAUAUGCAUGGAGUGAUUCAACCAUAACGCUAGCCUGGAUUAAGAAUGGGUUAAAUAAGAUAAAAUUUAUCAGGCGUAGAACAGAUGAAAUUCGGGAAUUAAAAAAUGCUGAAUGGAAUCAUAUAAGAUCCGAGGAUAAUCCAGCAGACCUAGCGUCAAGAGGAGUUAGCGCAAAUCAAUUGAUAAAUUGCAAUCUUUGGUGGAGAGGGCCCAAAUGGUUGACUGAUCCAAAAAGCCAAUGGCCUCAGUCGCCAAUCAUGGAGGAAUCCUUAAUAUUAAAUACAUUAGUAAAAACCAAAGAUGACGCGAUUUACGAAUUGAUGCAAAAGUUCUCCUGCAUACAUAAAUUAACACGAGUAUUAGCUUACGUAAUACGAUUUUUAAGGAUGAAAACAAGAACUAACUCUAACCCAAAGUUUUUAACAGCAAAAGAGUUAAAAGAAGCUGAAAUUGUCAUAAUUAAAAAACAACAGGAGUUUCAAUUUAACAAAGAAAUAAAAUACCUAAGAACAGGUAAAGAAAUUGAAAUUAGCAGUAAAAUAAUAAGUCUUAACCCGUUUCUAGAUAUUAAUGGAAUACUUCGGGUAGGUGGAAGACUGCAAAACUCUAAAGCGGCCUUUGAAGUUAAGCAUCCUAUAAUUUUAGACAAAGGUAACAUUUCGACCUUGUUAAUAAGGGAUGCUCAUAAAAACACGCUUCAUGGAGGUAUAAAUUUAAUGAGAAACUAUGUUCAACGCAAAUAUUGGGUAAUUGGGUUGAAAAAUAUAAUAAAGAAGCAACUGCGAGAAUGUGUAAAAUGUUCAAGGUAUCGCAAAAUCACCGUAGAACAAAUAAUGGGAAAUCUGCCUGAUUACAGGGUAAACAUGUCGUAUCCUUUCUUUAAUACGGGAAUCGAUUAUGCAGGGCCAUACCUUAUAAGAUGCUCCAAAAAUCGCGGUCAAAAAACAUUUAAAGGAUAUAUUGCGGUAUUUGUUUGCAUGGCCACAAAGGCUAUCCACUUAGAAGUGGUUAGUGACUUAACGUCUGAUGCCUUUCUAGCAGCAUUUAAGCGGUUCCUUGCUAGAAGAGGAAAAUGUGCCAACAUAUAUUCAGACAAUGGAACAAAUUUUGUAGGAGCAUCAAGAAAAUUAGAUGAGGAAUUGGAAAAGGCCAUUAGGGAAAAUAGUAAAAUAGCAUCGCAGUUACAGAAGGAAAGGAUCCAGUGGCACUUUAUUCCCCCGGCAAGCCCCCAUUUUGGAGGGAUCUGGGAAGCAGGAGUAAAAUCAAUGAAAUACCAUUUAAAACGAGUAAUUGGGGACAAUGUACUAACAUUUGAAGAAAUGUCUACAUUGCUUUGCCAGAUAGAAGCAGUAUUAAAUUCCAGACCUUUGUACUCAUCCAGCGAAGAUGUAGAUGACAAUGAGGUGCUAACUCCUGGUCAUUUCUUAAUUGGAAGACCGCUACUAGAUGCAAUCGAACCCAAUGACGAAAUUGGGAAGAUUAAUAAUUUAGACAGAUGGAGAUUCAUCCAAAAAAUAAAAAGAGACUUUUGGAAUAAAUGGAAGGAUGAUUAUUUGAAUACCUUGCAGCAAAGAUAUAAAUGGAAAAGAAAUUCUUCAAAUAUAAAAAAAGGUCAAGUAGUUAUCUUAAAAGAUGACAGUUGCCAUCCAGCGAGGUGGCCUCUAGCAAAGGUUGAAGAAGUCCAUAAAGGAAAGGACGAAAAAGUUCGAGUUGUUAAGCUUAGGGUGCAAGAGAAUGUGGUAACCAGACCAUUAAAUAAAAUAUGCCCCCUAGCUGGUGUAAAUGAUCUAGAUAACGCAGAAGCACGUCAAAGUAGAUCCAACCCGCCCAAAGCGAGAAGUAGUUCUAGAUUUUCUAAGCUGGGAGUGAUGCUGGCCUUAAUAAUGCUUUCAUUAUGCUGUCAGCUGACAAACGCAGUCCCGGCAAUCAGAGAUUCAAAAUAUGGUUUUGAAGAAAUUCCCAAAUCUUCGUCCAUAUAUUUAGAUCCGAUGGGAGACAUAGAAGUGGUUUCAUCCUCAUGGAAUUUAGUAAUAUACUACGAUAUGGAAGCAUAUUUCGAGAUGAUCCAUAAAGGGAAAAACAUAAUCACCAAGAUGAGAUUAGUCUGUGAAAAACUUCAUGGGUUUGAGGAUCAGUGCAACCUUAUUUUAGAGAACACCCUCAAACAGAUUUUGGAGUUGGAGGAAAAUAAUAAACUCUUCAUGACUCAUAAUAAAUCGAGGCAAAGGCGGGCACCAUUUGAAUUUAUAGGUUCUUUAUACCAUAUUUUGUUUGGAGUAAUGGAUGAAGAUGAUCGAGUUCAAAUGGAGGAAAAUAUGAAAAAUUUGUUGAAUAAUCAAGAAAGUUUAAAAGAGUUAAGCAAAAAACAAACUUCGUUAGUCGAUUCUACUACCAAUAUUCUAAAGAAAACUACGGAAGAAGUCAAUACACACUUCAGAAGUAUGAACAAAAGAAUAGAAAAUAUGACUGUAAUACUGCAAGAGUCGUAUUACGUAUACAAAGAGUCUAUUAAAUUCUUUAUGGUAACGAAGGAGUUGAGUAGGCUGAUCGAUGAAUGCGAAAAGAUUCAAGCAGGAAUCAUAAGCCUGUUAAUUGAUAUCAACCAUGGAAGGCUUAAUACCAACAUUUUACGUCCAAGUCAGCUUAAAAAUGAAAUAGCUAGAAUUAAGGACGUCCUAUCCGAAAAUUUGAUUCUUCCAGGGAAAAGAUCAGGUACAGAAUUAAAAGAUGUGUACACUUUACUUACCGCAAGAGGGUUGUUCGUAGACAAAAAACUAAUUAUAAAUGCGAAAAUACCUCUGUUUGGUCGGCAUGCGUCUAAACUAUAUAGGGUUAUUUCUAUUCCAGUUAGAGAAGAGAAUCAAACUAUUCUAGCUCAAAUUGACGCGGAAUAUUUAGUGUACAACUUUGAAAUAGAUUCAUACCACUUAAUGACGGAGUCUACAAUUGCUAAAUGCCAAAAGUGGCAAGCAAACAAAAGAGUUUGUGACGGCAGCUGGCCAUGGAGCAAUGGCAACGAUAAUAGUUGUCAGCUCGGACCCCUUAAACCAAAUAGACCUUCCAAUUGUUUUUACAAACCAGUCUUAUCGUCGAACUCAUUUUGGGUGGAAUUAGAAAAAAGAAGUAGUUGGUUAUUUAAAGUUGAGGCAAACACUAAGUUAAGGCUCCAAUGUGGCCACUCCAAAAUCCAGAUCAUUGAUUUGCCGGAGCAAGGCAUAUUAACAAUCAGUUCAGAAUGUACAGCUCGGACCGAUGAUAAAAUUCUAAUUGCUCAGCAUAUUAUUGAAACGGAAAGUCAAGAAGCAUUAGCUUCGGCUUAUAUAGGAGAAAUAAGCGAGAUUCCGAAAAUAGCUUGGGACCCUCUAAAGCCUCCUGUUAUGAACCAUACAGCAGAAAUAGCUUACCUGGCCAAACAAAUAAAAGAUUUGAAAGCAAAAAAUUUAGAAUUGAAAAAUAUCGACUUUCAUCAUGUGUCAGGUCAUAGCUCGUUAAUUUUAAUAAUGAUAAUCAUAACUAUACUGAUUAUAUCCUAUGUAAGAAAAUUAAAGUCGAGAAGACAAUUGAUGGCUAUAGCACUACCAACCACAAUGCCAAAUGUUUAAAAAAAAAAAAAAAUGUUUAUUUUAUAUGAUUAUUGUAUAAUGUAAUGGUUUUAUACAUAUGAUUAAGUGAUCAAAAAGAAAAGCUAUAUCUAAAGAAAAAAUUAAAGUAUAUUACAGUCCACUAAAAUAUCGAAUGAAAAAAGUUUU